CGGUGACAUGUUUCUUAAAACUUCAUUAGUCACGAACUUCGAUGCGCUGGCUAUUAACGUUUAGAAACUACCAAUAUACUAUUGAAGAAACUUCUACCAAUCGUAAUAGGACAGACUAGUUCUAUGUGCGAAGGAGAUCGACUAAAGUAUUGAGGUGUCUAUGGUUUGGAGUUUGCCCAGAUUCGCCAUCGUCAGUGUUGACAUUUUGGGCGGCUAGAGAGAGACCCAAUCCUUAAGCAAGCACACGUUAAAUACCUACUAAAAUUAACUCAAACUUUCACGACACUUUCAGCAAGAAGUUCAGAGAAUUUAUCUCGACCAACAAUUUGAGACAUGGUGUUUUACAAGUAAAAUAUUCAUCUUUUAGGAUCUCGUUAUAGUGUUUUGUGCAAUUUGGAUUUUUGUUUUUCGAUUUCAGCGUUCAAGAACAUUUCAAUAUGUCUCAAUUCGUUUCUUGUUUAAUUAUUUUUGUUUUCUAUCAGCAAUGUAUGGUGGGUUUAGCAGAUUUUAUAGUGUCUAUAGACACAACGAAUUUCAGACGAUCCCGUUUAAAUCUGAAUCAAACUGUAGCUUGUGAAUCUGGCAGAUGUUCGGGACUUCUGUAUAUAUGUGUUGAUGCUAAAGAAACAGACGAUGCACCAAAGACAAAGGAAGUGUGUUCAUAUGGAUCUAAAUAUUUGUCAACAGAAGGAAGGUUACAAGAUACACCUACUGGCGGGGGUAUUAUUGCUAUACGUGGUAGAUUUAGACCCAUAUCUAUCAAAAUAGAAGUAUUACACCAAGAUACCAGCGAAGAUCCAAUACAGUUGUUAAGUUAUAUUAUAGAAUUUGAUGAAGAAAUGAGUAACUAUCAGCACUGGUAUCCAGUUAAUAUUCACGAUACUAAAAUACAGUCUGAAGUUUCUUUUGAAAGCAGCCUAGCCCCCGUUUAUAUGAAGAUUGAUUGCAGUGGACGUUAUUAUGGCCCUGAUUGUUCCAAAUAUUGUUCUACUUUUGGUGACAGAAGAAAACACAUCCAUUGUGAUAAAAAUGGAAAGAUUGCCUGUAAUUCCGGAUGGACUGGAAGAUAUUGUGAUAUAGCCAUCCCAUUUAUGUAUAAUGAAGUUGACAAUGGCAAUAGUUCAAGUGUAUUUGGAGGUUGGAGAGAAGAAGAAGAAGCACAUCACAGACGAAAACGUGCAGAAUCUGACAAUCCUUGCAGAGAUGCUCCGUGUAAAAAUGGUGCCACGUGUACGUGGAUAAAGGAUAGUGAAUUUACCUGUGAUUGUAAUCCUUAUUAUACAGGUGAAACCUGUGACAGAGGUAUUGAUGAUUGCGCCAGUUUUCCCUGUCAGAAUGGAAUUUGUAUUGAUGAUAUUGGUUCUUUUACAUGUGCCUGUAAUUUAGGUUUCACAGGACCAUUGUGCGAUGUCGAUAUUGAAGAAUGUGCCAGUUCGCCGUGUCAGAAUAAUGCUACCUGUAAUGAGAAACGAGCUGGAUCUUAUAAAUGUGAUUGUGCAGUGGGUUUUACUGGCAGAAGAUGUGAAGUAAAUAUUGAUGAAUGUACGUUGUUGAGUCCAUGUUGGAAUGGUGGAAUAUGUGCGCAAGGUCCACCAGGAAAUUAUACCUGUACAUGUCCUAAAGGUUUUACAGGAACGGACUGUAGAGAAGAUAUUAACGAGUGUGAUCCAAAUCCGUGUUCAAACGGUGGUACGUGUCUGGAGGGAGUACCGGGGGAGUUUAUUUGUCGAUGCCCCGUGGGAUUACAAGGAUCGGUUUGUGAAUUAGACAUUGAUGAAUGUUUUCCCAACCCUUGCGAAAACGGUGGAGUCUGUUCUGAGAGUGGUAGAGGAUUGUAUAAAUGUGACUGUCCAGAGGGAUAUGAAGGACUUACUUGUAAUAACCAAGUAAACGAAUGCAAGUCAGCUCCCUGUAUGAACGGCGGUACCUGUAAAAACACGGCACCAGGAAGGUUUGAGUGUAAUUGUGCUCGUGGUUUUAGAGGUCAGCGAUGUGAUGAAGAUAUUGAUGAAUGUGCUGAAAAUCAACCAUGUCGGAAUGGCGCCACUUGUAAGGAAGGCCAACCAGGUGAAUUUACGUGUAGUUGUGCAGUAGGAUUUACUGGUACUACCUGUGAUGCUGAUAUUGACGAAUGUGCUACUAACCCAUGUAGUAAUGGCGGCUCAUGUACUGAAGGUAACAGGCCUGGUGAGUUUGUCUGCAGGUGUGUGGCAGGCUUUGAUGGAGCAACUUGUGAUGGUGAAACUGAUUUUUGUGGUAGACGACCUUGUAGGAAUGGUGGCCAAUGCAUACAAAAUCAACCAGGAACCUAUAACUGUAUCUGUCCACAAGGUUUUACAGGAAAAAACUGUGAGGAUGAUGUCGAUGAAUGUAUGUCAUUACCAUGCAGAAACGGUGGAACAUGUAAACAACCACGACCAGGUAUAUUUCAGUGUGAGUGUGCUGUGGGAUAUAAUGGUACUCAAUGUGAUGAAGACAUAAAUGAAUGUGCUAGUCAACCAUGUCAACAAGGUUCAACAUGUUCACAAGAUAUACCAGGAUCGUUUAAAUGUACAUGUAGACCAGGUUAUACUGGUGUAGUAUGUGAAGCUGAUAUUGUAGAAUGUAUGUCACAACCAUGUCAAAAUGGAGGUACCUGUAGAGAACCACGACCUGGGAUGUUCCAAUGUCAAUGUCCUACAAACUUUAGAGGGCGGGUUUGUGAGUCCGAGAUCGAUGCUUGUUCAUCUCAACCAUGUCGUAAUGGUGGUACAUGUGACUCAUUAGCAGGCGGUAAUUACAUGUGUACCUGUCCUAGAGGUACAACAGGAUCAAGAUGUGAAGAAAAUAUAAAUGAAUGUAACUCCUCACCGUGUGAAAAUGGUGGAACUUGUUCUCAACCAGGACUGGGUGAAUUCCUCUGUAGUUGUGCUGAUGGUUUCACUGGUGAACGAUGUGAGACAGAUAUAGAUGAGUGUGAAGUAUUUAAACCAUGUUAUAAUAAUGGUACAUGUAAUGAGGGCAAUGAACCUAAUACCUAUAUAUGUACAUGUACAGGUGGUUUUACUGGUCCUAUUUGUGCUACAGAUGUAAAUGAAUGUGUACCAAAUCCUUGUUUAAACCAAGGUAAAUGUAAAGAAGGGGUUCCUGGUGUGUUUAACUGCACAUGCGCUGAUGGUUACCUUGGUGAUAGAUGUCAAGAAGAGAAGCUUUGUCACAAUAAAUGUCAAAAUGGAGGAACAUGCGAGGAGUUAACAGAAAGUGAUUAUAUAUGUUAUUGUGUUCCUGGUUUUACUGGAAGAAAUUGUCAGGUUAAUAUAAAUGAGUGUGCAGUGAAUCCAUGUCAACAAGACGGCAUCUGUGUAGAUGGUAUCAAUAACUACGCAUGUGCAUGCAUGAAAGGUACUGCUGGAGAUUUUUGUCAAACGAAUUUAGAUGAAUGUAAUCCUAACUUGUGUCAAAAUGGAGCAGCGUGUACUGAUUGGACAGAUGACUUUUACUGCACUUGUCCUAAUAACUGGGCUGGUAAAACAUGUGAUAUAUCAGCUCCAGGGACUAUUUACAUACCAUGUAGUAGAAAUCAAUGCCUAAAUGCUGGAAUGUGUUGGCAGAAUCGCGAUGGUACAUUCAAAUGCGAUUGCCCUAAAGGUUUUUCUGGGGCUAGAUGUGAGAUCAAUUUAAAUGAUUGUGCUUCUAGACCAUGUAAAUCGGGUGCAUCAUGUACUGACUGGAUAGAUGACUUUUACUGUCAUUGUCCAGCAUGGACGUACGGCAAAUAUUGUGAUAAUAUCACAACUAUACCAGUAACCAGUGCAGCACCUGUCUAUGCGUCUGCCAGAUAUGGAAUUAAUCCUUUAACAUUGGCCAUUUUACUUGGAAUUAUAUUUGGAAUCGUUUUCAUCUUAUUUUUGGCAGGAAUUGUCUGGUUCUGUAUGGGUCAGCGUGGACCUAAAGAUUUCUGUUUUGCCCUACCUUCAUCUAUGUAUAAACAACUAUAUGAUUGGCAUGAAAGUACAUUUAGUUCUGAAAGAUAUUAAUAGUUAUACAAUAUUAUUUUGUUUAAUUUUCAAAUUUGAUCUAAUGUCAUAAUACAACAUCAGAAGAAUUAAUUAUUUUUCUAAAUGUUAAAUAAAGUUAAGUCUAAUUGGAAUCCAUAUUUAAUGUUCUAAACACCAUAUUGCUAUAUAUUUGACAUUAACAUCGUUUACAUCAUGGUCUAUUUUAUUUGUUUUACAUUUUCGACAUCAUCAUAUAAAUAUUAUGGUGUCAAUGCCUUACUCACUGAGCUACCGUGGCUCCUUAGGGUGUUGGUUAUAGCAUCACGUCGUGUAGACUAAAGUCUGUAUACAAUAAUACAUCGCUUCAAUUCCAAAACUGAUAAAUGGAAUUUUAAGCGCAGAGUUUACGAUUAGGCGCAUACUACUGCGUCGCAAAAAUUGACAUUUAUCACAAAUAGAGUUGCUUGUCCCAAUAGUUUAUUUAAGCUGCGUCCUCAUUAUAAGAAAUCCAAUAUAGAUAUCCAAUACAUGUAUAUAUAGUUGUUGCACAUUUUUUCUCCUGUAAAACUGUGCUGCAGUUGAGUAACUGGCAAAAUGCCCGUUUAAAGUAAAAGUCCCGGAUUUCUAAGGUGGCCUUUUAGAGCCAUACGUUGAUUUAUACCAUUUACUUGUAAUGUACCUCGUAUGAGAAAUCGCAGUGGAAACUAUUAUAAAUAAAAAAAAACAUGAAAAAUCUUUUCUCUGCAGUGUAAAACUUUUCUCCGCGGUGUAUACAGUUUCUCCGAGGUAUAAAGUUUUCUCUGCGGUGUAAACCUUUUCCCCGCUGUAUAAUCUUUUCUCCACGGUGUAAACCUUUUCUCCGUGGUAUAAAGUUUUCUCCGCGGUAUAAAGUUUUUCUCCGCGGUGGAAACCAUUUCUCCGCGGUGGAAACCAUUUCUCCGCGGUGUAUACCUUUCCUCUACGGUGUAAACCUUUUCUCCACGGUAUAAAGUUUUCUCCGUGGCAUAAACCUUUUCUCCGCGGUGUAAAUCUUUUCUCCGAGGUGUAAACCUUUCCACCGCGGAGAAAAGGUUUACACCUCCGAGAAAAGGUUUAUUACGCGAAGAAAACGUUACAUCGCGGAAAAAAGGUUUACACCGCGAAGAAAAUUUACACCGCGCGGAAAAAGGGUUUACACCGCGGAGAAAACGUUUACACCGCGGUGAAAACUUAAACCGCGGAGAAAACUUUAUACCACGGAGAAAAGGUUUACACCGCGGAGAAAACUUUAUACUGCGAUUUCUGGUAUGAGGUAAAUUACAUGAAAGAGGUAUAAAUCAGGAUUAAAUAUGUAAAUCAGAAGCCAAAAUUGUAAAAUAUAUUGCGUAUUUGUAUUGUCUCAGAUCCAGGUCAAACUGCGCGACUUUAAAGACACAAACAUGGCAUGGUGUUGAGGAAACUUAUCACCAACUGGUAUUUAGAACCUCAGCCAGUUGCAUAAAACUAUGAUAAUAGUUUCUAUAAGCCCCCCCACCCCCACCCCCACCCCAACACACACAAAUAAAAUAAACGUAUUAUUCUCUAAAGUAUAUCUGGGACAGCUACUUUCAUGUUCAUCGAAAAAAAACCUUUCAGGUUGAGUUUGACAUAUUGAAGACGACGAACAAUUUAAACUAAACAAAUAAAGUCGUUUUGUAAUCCCCAGUGAGUCACGUCACGAAAUACGACGAAAUAAACAAAGUUAAAUGUUUGCCUGAGUUUUCAUUUUAACUCUCCCAAUAACUGUCUAAAUUUGUACAUAUUGUAAAUAAAUAUAGCUGUUAUGUAAAUUAUUAUAAUCUAUUUUUUUCUUAUAUUUAUACACUAUAAACAUUUAUCUGGUAUCUAUAGAAAAUACAAAAAGAAGAACUUUUCAUAGGCAUUUUAGAGGGAUUCAAAUAAACUUCUUACAUGAUCUUGGCUGGUACCCUAGACAAGAUUAUGUAAGAAAUUUUAAUUCCGUUAAGUGUCCGUGGAAUGUUUCUAAUGAACGAUAACAAAACUAAUGUUCGACCUCACGUGAUUCACACCAUGUAUAUAAUGAUCGUGGGUACGAUUGUCAAUAUCGUCAAAUCUUUCAAAAUUAAACUAGAUGUUCCUAGUUAAAUCCUCGCCACAACAGAGAUUUAGAACCUCAUAAACAUAGAAAAGUUGUUGUAUAUCUCUUAGAGAAUACGGUGUAUAUCUUGAAUUAUAUAUAAAAUAUCCAAUUGUCGCCGUAUUUGUUUAUUAAUAUCAGACAAAUGCCAUAUUUAAUCAAUGCUGUAAUCAAAUUGUUGAACCUGCAUUUUAAAUACAUGCAUGUUAGCCUUGACUUAGGGUAUCUUACCGAAUACGUACAAUAUAAAGCAAUAAUGGCGUAAAGGCUAUACUUAAUAGCAGUGUGCUAGUCUAGCACUAGUAGUGAUCAAUUGUUGUAUAUUUACUUGAUGAGAAUGAAGAAGUUGGAAGUAAAGAAUAUCAGUGUUUAUAGUUUUAAUAUUUUAAUGCUAUAUUAUUAUGUAAUGUAAUGUAAUGUAAUGUAAUUAUCGAAUUUUGAAAUAAACCUCACAUACACGAUA